AGUAAAGCAGCGCCGCCAUUACUGCGUGCCUUGCUAUUAAGGAAGUAGCAGAAGUAGCGUGUUGGUCCCGUAGGCGGUUGUAGCAGAUGUUAGCUGUACGAAAAGUUAUUUUUAUUUAUUUUUUUUAGUAACGUUACGUAUGCGGUCCAGUGAUGCCGGGAAGAGCGUGUUGUGUGGUUGGCUGUUUUAACAACAGCACAAAACUACAGGCCUGGAAUAAAACAGUUUGUGAAAUUCACGAACCUUUGUUGCACAUUGACUGCCCAUGUUUACGGCCAUACGGAUUACACAGAGUUCCUGGUCGAGCGGAGGACCAGGAUGUGCGUCAAAAGUGGAUGAAACACAUAAACCGAGAUGGCUUCAAACCAAACAAGAAUACUGUGGUGUGUGGGAUACAUUUUCCUGAUGGACAACCUACAAGAGAAAACCCCUAUCCUUUGUUGUUCAUGGGUUAUGAAUGUCAUGCCAGCACAUCAAGUGCUUGUAUUCAGCUGCCUCUCUCAAGGGAUGUUUCCUGCCAGACAGACCCCCUGGAAACACAUACUGUAGGCACACAGCUGUCCUUAAAGACUCUGCCGCCCCACUUUAGAAGUGAAGACUUGGCCACAGGUGUCCAGGCAAAUGUCUCCUGCAAAGAUUUUGGUGUUGGGACGUCCAAUGCAGACCCUUUGUGCCUGUCAUCCACACCUUUGAAGAGACCUCGUCUAGACCUCGAUGAACAGCUGAAGGAUGAUGCAUUGGCGCACAGCUCUUUAGAGGAAGCUUUAAAGGGACAGGAUUCCACUUCUGAUCCCGCUGACUCCAUCACAGCUUCGUUAGACUCUACACUUAAGUCAGAAAAUUCAUCCACUCCCACCCACAACAGCAAAAAGUACAUAGUGUACGAGAGCUGCAUCAUGGAGUUGUUUAAUGUAUGUCCAGUCUGCACCCGGGCAUGUGAUGUGAGGACCCAAAGGCUGGGGACAUUCCUGUCUGUGAAGCAGUGGUGUCCCCGCUGCACAUUUACAAGACACUGGAGUAGCCAGCCUGUCAUUGGGAGCGUGCCGUCUGGAAAUCUGCACCUUUCUGCCGCCGUGUACCUGAGUGGUGCAUCUUUCAUACAAAUCGAAAAGGUCUUCAAGGCAAUGAAGCUACAGUUUUUUAGGUAUGAAACGUUUCAACGACAUGCCAGAGCUUUCAUUGAACCGGCAGUUAUUCACCACUGGAAAGCCACACAGGAUGUGAAUCUGCAGUCGCUGAGUCAGGAGGAAAAAGUGAUAGUUGGUUGUGACAUGAGAGCUGACUCUCCAGGUCACUCUGGAAAGUAUGGCAGUUAUGCAACGAUGGAUCUCCGUACUAACACUGUUGUGGAUAUUCAGCUGGUUCAGAGCAACGAGGUUGGUGGUAGCUGCCACAUGGAAAAAGGCCUGAAAAGGAGUCUAGCAUUACUGGAGUCGCGUGGCGUCAAUCUUGAUUGCAUCGUCACUGAUCGUCAUCAACGAGUACAGAAGUUCCUCAGAGAGAGAAACAUAACCCAUUACUACGAUGUCUGGCACAUGGCAAAAGGAAUUUCCAAGAAACUGGAAGCAAUCAGUAAGCAGAAAGACUGUGAGAAACUCAAGAAGUGGAUGAAAAGCAUCAUCAACCACAUAUACUGGACUGCAGCUAGCUCAACCUCCGAACCAGAGAUGAUUGCAAAGUGGACCACGAUCCUGAACCAUGUUCGAGAUGUCCAUACACAUGAGGAUCCUCUUUACCCCAAGUGCGAGCAUGCGAUCCGCAAGACAACUGACAAGAGUAAAUGGCUCCAAGCAGAUACUCUAGCUUUCUACAAGUUGGAGAAGUUGCUGACAAAUAAAAGAACGCUGAAGGAUGUUGCAAAACUGAGCCCCCACCACCAAACUUCAUCUUUAGAGGCUUUCCGUGCCGUCAUCCUUCGUUUUGCCCCAAAGAAUGUUGUCUUUCCCUUUAUUGGGAUGUUGUGCAGACUAUACCUGGCUGCUAUGCAUUAUAAUGAAAAUGUGGACCGACCACGGGCCGAAACGGCGGAAGGUGUACCUCUCUUUAAAAUCUCAUUUCCAAAGUCUAGGAAGGAAGAGUGCAGAGUUAAACCUCAAAAGACACAGCCGACCUUUGGUUAUGUUGCUGACAUGAUGGACCUAAUUUUUGAGAAAGUCUUCGUUAACCCUGUGCCAUUCACCGAUGCGCUGUUGGCCAUCCCUGUCCCAGAGGACCUAUGAGUCCCUGAGUUUGAGAAGCCAGACGAGGAGGAGGUGAUUGCCAGCUUUGUUUUCUGUGGAGAACAGUUUAAACCCUACGUAGUGGCCUUCCUCUUUAGGAAAUUCACACAAGCUGGAAUAAUGACCCGGAUUCUGCGUCCCAGGAGUCCUCAGCACCAGCUCACAAACGAACGAUAGGAGAGAUACCUGUAGCCACUGAACAAUUGAUAU